AGUCGUACCCGCGAGUGUCCACAAACAAAAGUCAAAAUCAAAAAAUUCAAAAUUGUCAUUUGAAAAUAUCAAUGGCAAGUGGCAGCUGCGUUAGCAGCUGGUAGUGUUUGUAAAUUAUAUCGUUUGUAUCAAUUAAUAAUUUACAAUCUGAUAUUUACAUACUUUUCUGUGAAUUCGGAGUAUGGCGAUCACGCCUGCUCACUGUUAAAACCCUUUGUGUUUAACUGAAGCAAUCAUUCAGCGCUACACGGAUUGUUUCGAAAAAAUGGAUGUAACAGGAUCGAUUAACAAUGAAGAUUUGACUGAGGCGGUUGAAAAUGAGGAAGACGUGGACUAUUCGGAGGAGAGAGAGCUGGUGGAGGACUCCUGCUCUACCAAAGUGCUGGACAAUUGCGCGGAGCCUCGCGACAAAUAUCGGAUUGUAUACAUUCUGUUCUAUUUAUUCGGAAUAUCUUCUCUCGUGCCUUGGAACUUCUUGAUAACUGCUAAUGACUAUUGGAUGUACAAAUUCCGUGAUGUUGAACCAAACAACCUGACCAUGUAUGUGCGGAAGACACAGUUCCAGGCAGAGUUCACCUCCUACCUAAAUGUAGCCACUGCAAUACCCAAUUUAAUAUUCCUCAUACUGAAUUCACUAUAUGGACAUUGGAUAUCAAUAAAAACCAGAUUGCAAGGCUCCCUAAUAAUAGUGACACUAGCACUCCUGGUGACGACGUCAUUCGUGCAAGUGGACACUGACGACUGGCAGAACACUUUCUUCAUCAUCACCAUCGUGUCUGUAGUCAUUAUGACAGCUGCCAGCGCAGUGUUCAUAGGCUGUCUAGUGGGCAUUGCGAGCAAAUUCUCCGAAGAAUACAUGGCGGCCGUGGUCAGCGGUCAGUCCUUGGGGGGCAUUAUAGCCGCCAUCGCGCAAAUCAUAUCCCUAGCCUUCAAAAUAUCCCCCUUACACAGCGCAAUCAUAUACUUCAGUAUAGCCGACAUCAUGGUUAUACUGUCGCUUAUAUCGUACGCUAUGUUGUAUAAAAUUGACUUUUUCACAUAUCACAUUCUAAGAGGGUCUGGUAUGGCGACAAAUAGACACAGGGAGGCGUCUAUGCUGGUUAUACUGAAGAAGAUCUGGGUGUACGCCUUCAGUAUUUUCGCCGUGUUCGGGAUAUCCAUGGCGGUGUACCCCGCUGUCACUGUUCUGGUGGAGUCUCACCCGGUCACCGCGGGCACCGAUUGGAACAAGAUAUUCUUCGUGCCGGUGGUGAACUAUCUGAUAUUCAACUGCGGCGAUUACUCCGGUCGCUUGGUCGCUGGGUUUUUAUUACGGCCAUACAACCAGUGGGUGAUCGCCGGCGCCAGCCUGCUGCGGCUGGUGGGCGUGCCGAUGCUGAUGCUGUGCAACGCGCAGCCGCGCAAGCACCUGCCUGUGGUGUUCCUGUGGGACUACGAGUACAUCCUCAUCAUGAUCGUGUUCGCCUUCACCAACGGCUACCUCACCAACAUCGUCAUGAUCAACUCCACCAGGUAUGAGUGUACAGUGCGCGCAAGCACCUGCCCGUGGUGUUCCUGUGGGACUACGAGUACAUCCUCAUCAUGAUCGUGUUCGCCUUCACCAACGGCUACCUCACCAACAUCGUCAUGAUCAACUCCACCAGGUAUGAGUGUACAGUGCGCGCAAGCACCUGCCCGUGGUGUUCCUGUGGGACUACGAGUACAUCCUCAUCAUGAUCGCGUUCGCCUUCACCAACGGCUACCUCACCAACAUCGUCAUGAUCAACUCCACCAGGUAUGAGUGUACAGUGCGCGCAAGCACCUGCCCGUGGUGUUCCUGUGGGACUACGAGUACAUCCUCAUCAUGAUCGUGUUCGCCUUCACCAACGGCUACCUCACCAACAUCGUCAUGAUCAACUCCACCAGGAUGGUGGAGAUGCACGAACGGGAGAAGGCGUCCUCCGUGAUCGCGACCAUGCUCAGUGUUGGGCUGACGGUGGGCGCCGCCGUGGGCAUGCUACUAGUGAGAUUACUAUAGACUAACAUUAAGACGUUAAGAGUCGAUUAGACUAUGCGAUAAAUAGGCCAAUCAAGGAACCCAGGGGCCAGUUUCACCAGCUACUGAUAGAUGUUGGAUAUAAAUGUCACUUUUUCACUUUAUGUCAAAUGAUAAAGACUAAACUUGUGAAGAAACUGUCACACAGUUAACAGGUGGUGAGACCGGUCCUAACUUAGGGCCGAAUUCCCCAUGUUUUAAGUGUCGAAUGAUCUAAACAUGAAAAUUUAAAAUUUAUAUUUUAAAUAAGCUUAGUUUACUUUUGAAAAGUCAAGUUAUUUCAUAAUUUAAUGGUGGUAAAGUCAAAAAAAUUAAAAUUACGAGGAUUCCAAAUGCGCCUUGGUCCGAGAAGAGCCCACAACAAACUCAGCCAAGGUUUAUAUUUUUUAGUUUACGUAAUGUAAGUUUUGUCACUUUAUUGAUUUAUGUCAAAACUUGUGAACUAUUUGAGUUUGUGACACUUAUCAGGUGGUGAAACUGGCUAUGUAUCCUAUUUUUUUUGUAGUCUCGUGUUAUCGGUCCUUUAAUUAUAUUCUAAACACAGAGAUGGUGAACCUUUUAGUGCCACGUGAUUAAAUAAUAAGAGCAUAUCAAUGUAUGUACUUAUUAUUAUUUUUAGUUUUUUUUCAAUUUUAUUAGACCUAUUGCAACUAUUGCUUCGUUAGACCAGUUGUCACCCUGUUAUAAUUAAGUCCUGGGUUGGGGUGGGUGGGUUGACUUCUGUGUCGCGCUAAUUUUGGUUAGAAGUCAUGAAUUUAAAAUUAAUAGCAGGAUUAAGCAAAAAAGGUUCGCCAUCCCUGAUAUAACAAAGCUAUGAAUUAAAUAGACGCGCUCUUAUUUUGUAUCUGGCAUCCGACGUUUUGACUUAAUUUGAUGUUUCUACAAAAAUAAUAUUGAAGACUACCAAGUUGUAGAUUUAUUAUGUAAAUCCAGUCUCUCGUUAUAUUAUAAUUAUAACGAGUUAAUUUUGUUGUAUAAAUAUCUAUAAAUCUUUCGAUCUUAGACCAGUUAUAGAAGGAUCGGUAUCGCUCCAAAAUUCACGAACAAAAUUGUCUGUCAUUUUCUGAGGAAAACGAGAUUAGAUUUGUAAUAGAUCUUAUACUAAACUAAAAGUUAUUGCCCGUUUUUUUACACCAUUCAACUACAAAAAAAGGUGUUUUUACAGAGCUCGUUAACCGACGUACACGAUUACAACUAUGAUAUCGAUAUCUCUAAACAAAUUUUACAAUCUCAUUAGAUCAUUGAUCAUAUACUUUGACAGAAAAGUAACGUCAAAAGUGGUGGGUCCUAUGCAAUAAAUUGGUCUGAACUACUAGCAUGUAUUCACAGAAACAUUUUUUUUAUUUGGCCUUAACCAGGACUCGAACCCUGGAUUACCAAUAGUGAAAAGAGCUGUCUUUAAACGCCUCUAUGUGUUUUUAUAGCAAAUAAGCAGCAAAUUGUGAUAUUAACGAUUUUUUAUUUUAUCUUAUUUUUAAGUGUACUUGCCUUUAAAAGUAUCUUAAUUUUUUUUAUUUUAUAUAAAAUACUACAGUAAAUGAAAUGUACUUUAAUUUUUUAUACAUAACUCAAAUGCACAAUGAUGACAAGUAAAAUGUAUUUUCAUAUAAUAUGAUUUUAUUUAAACUGAGUUGGGGUUUUCUAUACCAGUACAUAUAUGAUAUGAUACAUAAUAAGUAAUAUCGUGUAGUUUUUUUACGCUUUUACAGGUGAGUAUGAGCUAAUUUACUAAAAAAAAAUAUAGGAAAGUACUAUACUUUUAUUCCUAGUUAAGAAAGAUCUAUAAGAUGUGACUGGAAGAUAAUUACACAUGUUUAUAUAGAAAGCUCGAUUUCUAUUUAUAUUUUUUUUACAAAAUAUUUUUUAUUGUGGUCACACUGUUAUGACACGUUUAUUUUUUAUUAAGUGCAAUUUCACAAAACAUUACAAUAAAUUAUAUUUUUUUGUUAAUUUUAUUUUUUUAUUUAUUAAGUAAAAUAAAUGCACAUAUAAUUUU